AUGCUGGACCUUGCACGCGUGCUGCAAGGGAAGGACGGCAAAGUGCAGGCUCGCAGACUCUACGAGGAGGUCAUUUCGAGGCACCCUGACAAUGCCGAAGGGCACAGGCGAUUGGCCGAAAUGCAUCUUGAGGCUGACGAUGCUCCAGAAGCUUAUCGACUGGCUGCACAGGCAGCCAAACUCGCCCCAAGGGAUGUCGCAGCUCAUUUGUGCCUGGGCCACGCAUGCCUCAAGUUGGGAAGGGCAGACGAGGCAUCACGAUCCUUCGAGCAGGCAGCUGUGCUGCAGCCCGCCUCACUGGAUGUCCCAUCCAUGGUUGCUUUGGCAUCCCUCUACCGUAAAGCUGGCCGAGAUCAGGAGGCAAUUGCCUACUACAAGAGGGUGUUGGAUGUACGGCCUGGGGACUACGAGUGCACAUUGAGUUUGGCAAACAUCCACGCGGACAGAGGCGUCGCCGGGGCUAGCCAGGCCGUGCACUACUUUCGCACAGCUUUGCAGUGCAGACCGAGCACGGUGGACUCCCGAAGCAUCUAUAAGCAGAUGGCUACAGUGCAGACCACGAUACGCUCUUGGAAGGAUGCCCAGCAAACCCUAGAGAGUGCAGUCCGCGAGCACCCGGAUGAUGCAGAGGUUUGGCGACAGCUCUUGUCAAUCUACGAGCAGCUCAAAGACUCGAAGGGGCAAUAUCACUGCCACCGACGGCUCGUACAGCUUGGCGCAGCGACAGCAGCCACGCAGACUUCGUACGCUGCGCUUCUACUUUCGGAAGAUCGAGUGCGCGAAGCUCGAGAUCAGCUCAGUCAGGUUAUCAAGUUGGAGCCCACCAAUCUGACAGCGUUGCUCAAGCUGGCACAUUGCCACCGGCAGGAUGCUCGAGAAAGCAACUUGGAAGAAGCACGAAAGCUGUACGAGCAGGUGCUGAGCAUCAACCCUUCCAACUUGGAGGCUCUCGAGGGGGCAGCUUUCUGUGCCCGCAAAGGCAAUCACCUCGAUCAGGCUGUCCAAUUCUAUCAGCAAUGCUUGAAGGUGAACGCAACUGCAGAAGGGCCGCUCUAUUAUCUUGGUGACAUUCUGUACCGGCAGCAUCGGCAUGCGGAGUGCCAGUUCUAUUUGUCCAGGUUGGUCGAGACAAAUUGUACAACAGACUACAAGACAGGGGCUUUGUACCUCCUGGCCAAGUCGUACGUGUCCCUGGACGAAUACGAGGAGGCUGAGAAGCAAGCCCGGCUUGGGCUCGCACUGAAGCCGAAUCACCCGCAUUUCCUCUUCAUCUUGGCUCUGGUGAAGAACCGAAUGGCUGAUUUUGAUUCUUCCAUUGCCACUCUGAAAAAGGCCUUUCUCCACCUGAGCUCCGCAGAUAGUGACAACCUAAAAGUGGAAAUCCACGAUUGGCUGGCCCAGGCUUAUGAGAGAAAGGGCGAGUACACGAAUGCCUUGGCAGAGCUCUCCUUGGCCCUGAAACAGGAGCCAUCGCAUGUGUCUUCUCUCAUCACGCAGGGUCUCAUCCACAUGCAGAUGAAAGAUCUAGAGCAGGCUGAAACCUCCUACCGCAAAGCCCUGGCGGUAGAGAAAAAUCACGCACUUGCUCUGGUCCGCCUCGGCUGCUGCAAGCUGUUGGCAGGAGACUUGCAGGAGGCGAUCCAGCUGUUCCAGCGUGCCUUGCAGCAGCGAUGUGGCACAGUCGCCUUGCCUCGCUCUGUCAAAGGAUCAGCUCGGAUUUACAUGGCACUGGCAAUGAUGGGGCAGCAGGACAUGGAUGGAGCCCUUUACCAGCUUACCGAAGCUCGCAAAAGCCACAGGAACUUCGAGCACUUGUGCAGCUCUGGCAAGGACAGCAUCGUCAAAGGUGAGUGCGAAGGUUUGGUGGCAAAGCUUCGCUCAAUGUCCGACCUGGAUGUCACACUUGCGCAGGCGUGGCAGUUGGUGGAGCUGAUGGCGAAGGAGCUGGAGAUGGGACUCCGAGACCCAUCAUCCCAAGCAGGAAAGGGCAGCUCACCUGAGUCCGCAGGGCAGGGCCCUGCACGAGAGUUCAGUGCCUCUUCCCCGGAGAGUCAGGUGAAAGCCAAGAGUGAAGUUUCUCCGCCAGUUGCAGAUCGUCGUGCCUGGGUGUCAAAUCCAUCGCCACCAAGCGAUGCAGCCGGGCCAGAGAGACGACAGUGGAUGUCUGGAGCGAUCGAAGCGAAGGAGGGGCGAGCCGCUGCCUCUUCGCUAGAUCAAGGAAGGAAGAUCCUUUUAGCAAAGCACGAGAUGAUUGAUUUCUCGCAGCUGACGCAGAAAGAUUGCUUGGGUUCUGGUGGUUUUGGGGCUGUGUACAGAGGAUUUCUUGGCACCCGUGAGGUUGCAAUCAAGAAGCUGUUCUGUGAGGAUGGAGGAAACAUUUCGCCACUGCAGCUGGAAGAGUUGGAGAAGGAGGUGGCUGCUCUUCGAAGUCUGAACCAUCCACGCCUCGUGGGCUUCAUUGGAGCGUGUUUGCAGCCGCCAAACUUGUGUAUAGUCACCGAGUUCAUGCCUGGCGGCUCACUACACCAUCUCCUACACAAGGCCCGUACUCCACUGACUUUGGGGACGCAGUCCAAGAUGGCAAUUCAGGUUUGUGAGGGAGUCGAUUUUCUUCACGGUCAUGCGCCACCUGUUGUGCACCGAGACCUCAAAUCGCUCAAUAUUGUCCUGGACCGAAUCUACAACGCGAAGAUCUGUGACUUCGGCUUGACUCAGUCCAUGGAGAAGACUCACAUUACUUUGAAGGAGGGCGGCAACGGAGGUUCUCCGAGAUACAUGGCGCCAGAGUGCUAUGAUUGCAAGGGCAAGAUCACCGAGAAGGUCGAUGUAUGGGCUUUGGGUUGCAUUUUGGUGGAGGUUUUCGGUGGCCCGCUGCCGUACGAUGAUUGCCAGAACAUUCAGCAGAUCGUCGCCAAGGUGCUGAUUGACAAGCAGCUGCCCUACAUCCCGCAUCAUCUUCCUGCCGGUGUGCGUCCAAUUGUUGAGGAUUGCUUCCAGUUCGAGUUCAAGCAGAGGGCGUCAGCACAGGACGUGUACUCACGGAUAAGGUUGCUGGGCUUGCCAGAAGGAUAG